GAUCGAGACCAACGAAGAACCUUAGUCUAAGCAGGGACAGUGAUGGCAAUGAGCUGCCAACUUUUCUGAGGGCACUUGACAACUUCCGGCGCUUCGCGUCCGGGCAGUGCUCAUGUGACCAAUCCCAAACGGUUUCCUUUGGACUCUUGGAUCGGGGUCUCUGGAAGGCUGCUUCCGGUCCCUUGGGCUGGUGAGGCUGCUUCAGGCCACCCGAAAGCCAAGACGCGAGCCUGGGCCUCCGUGAAGGGAAAGGCACGCGCGAGCCCGCCGGAGCGGAUGAUGAGCAGGACCCAGCCUGGCGCGAGAGGCCCCGUGAGCUUUGCAGAUGUGGCUGUGUACUUCUCCGCAGAGGAGUGGGGACGGCUGCGCCCCGCGCAGAGGGCCCUCUAUAGGGACGUCAUGCAGGAGACCUACGGCCACUUGGGCUCGCUGGGUUUCCCAGGCCCCAAACCUGCCCUCAUCUGCUGGAUGGAUGAAGAGUCAGAGGUCUGGGGUCCGGCGGCCCGGGACCCCGAGGAGGGAGGGGAGAGAGGAACGGAAAAUUUAGGAGGAGCCAGGAACAGGGUUGAGAAAUGGAAGAGAGAAGGACUUGGAGUCCAGGAACCUGAUGAAGCACAUAGGAAGAACAGUCUGUCAUUUGAGACUCUGCCAGGCUCACACCAAGAACAAGGAGAUUCUUCCUGCACUGACUGUGGCAAGACUUUGCAUAAGAGCCCAUCACUGCAAUUCCACCAAUGUAAUCCCAACCGAAAGCGGUCAUAUGUGUGCACUGAUUGUGGACGACACUUUGCUUAUCCUUAUUUACUAGUCAGCCACCAGCGAAUGCAUUCUGGGGAGCGUCCCUAUACCUGUGAUCAGUGUGAGGCACGAUUCUUCCAAAAGAAAUACCUUGUCCAACACCAACUAAUCCACACAGGUGAGAAACCCUACAAGUGCCCUGAGUGUGGACGCUGUUUCAGACAGAGAAGGUCCUAGUCAAUCCAUCAGCGGCGAACACACACAGGUGAGAAGCCCUAUUCUUGUCUAGACUGCAAGCGCCAAUUUGUCUAUCCCUACCAACUGGCUACUCACCGUCGUACUCACACAGGGGAGAAACCAUACUCCUGUGCUGAGUGUGGUUGCAGCUUCACUUAUUCCUCCUUACUGAUAAGCCACAGGCGUAUUCACUCUGAUGAAAGACCCUUCCCCUGUCCUGAGUGUGGGAAGCGGUUCAAACGGAAGUAUGCCCUUGAAGCACACCAAUGGAUCCAUCGUUCUGGCACUGAGAUUUGGAGAAGCAUGCCAUCAGCAAGACAGUCUGCAGCAGAAUCCUCUGACCAGGGUGCCCGAGAUCCUCCUGUGCACUGCCGUUACUACCCAGAUAUAUUCAGGAGUGUGUGGGUGAAGGAAUCUGAGAGAGAUGUGAAGAAGCUGUAUCUCCUUCAUAAAAUGUGAGGUCAGGCCAUCUAUGUGUUAGGAGGGCAGUAAUAAGAACAGAGUUUGAAGAGACAGGAGGUCUGGUAGAAUUGCUGUGAGGAGUGUUAAGGAAAAAGCAGGAGACUGAUGAUUUCCAUUAGAAGUUUAAGUUGGACAGCUGACCAUAACAGAUCUAGUUCUGGUGGAUUAAGGUUGAGCCUCCAGCCCUUCUUGGUACUCUUCUCACAAUGCCAAAAUGUUUUAGGAUCAAGAAGGGAGUUAAGUAUAGGUUCUACCCCCUGGAGUUCUCAGUGUAACAACAGGACAAGAAGGCAACACUCCCUUUGCUACUAUCUCACCAAAAUUGGACACAGGUUUGGUUUUCUUUUAUAAGGUAUUGUCUUAUGAAAGACCUAGUAGUUGGUGUCCCACUCAGACUUGGGAAUGCCCUGUGGUCAAUUAGUCUAUUAAAUAAUUCAUUCACUCACCCCAGAAAAUGGAAUGGCUCUAGGCAGCUGGCUAGUCACCUUGAAAUUUGAACAUAAAUUCUGUGGUUCCUACCUUUUCCUUGAGAUGGGAGUGUCCUGCUGGUAUCCAUCACCCAUUCUGGAAAAGAUGCUCUACAUAUUAUCUACCAACUGUUUAUUUAUGAUUCUCUAAAAGGGAGAAUAUCCAUUGUUUUAUGGGAAGGCCUAAGGCACAGUUUCUUUAUAUUCUAAUUUCUGUCCCUUUGUUUUCCUUCAACUCAAAACCUGAGUAUUAAGAUUGUGGAGUGAGAGUGAGUGCCCCAUGUGUUAGGUAGCGAUAUAAUACCUACAUCCUUGCUAUACUACAUUUUCUUCCACUGGGAUAAAUGAAUUGUAACUGAUUCAGACCUGUGAUACAGACUUCUUUAUUAAUAGAUCCCUUUAUUUGUUAUCUCUAGUUAGAAGCAACUCACAGAACUGUUCUAAUCUGUAACAUGAUUGUUCCAUCACCAUGUUGAUCUUCUUUCUCAGGGAAGGGAUGUGUAUUUGUCCUUUUUUUCCCCCUUGUUUUUGCUCAUCCUUCUGACCUUUUAUGCACAUGUUUCUGUUCUUGCUCAGUUUCAUAAAAAUCUUUCUGGACUGUCCCUUACACGUGCCUUAUUCAUAGUUGUCUUGACUAUUAAAUUAUUUUGUCUAUAUGAGAUAUCAGACUACUUUCUUUUGCCAACAAACACAUUACUUCUUUGCACAAAAGACUGUGUUAAAUAAGUGACAUGGUCUUAAUUCAGGACCCAUACCUUACAGUGAAAGUGUCCUGCCAACAAACUGGGCUACCAUAAUUUUCCUUGGCCUUUCCAUCUUAUGUAAAGUUCUAUCUAGCUCACACUGUGUGUUUACAUACUUGUCUUAAGGCCUAGUUCCCUACACCAUAGAUUUGUCUGAUCUCAAAUUCUUUUUUAUAUUUGCUUUCUGUUGUCUAUAUUUCACAGGUAGGGUGGUAUACAGGGGAGUUAGAAUUAGGACCUGGGAUUAAAUCCCCACUUUGGCACCUAUCUGUCUGGCCUUGGACAAGUACCUUAAUCUAUCUGGCCCUCAGUUUCUUCAUCUGAAAAAUAUGGGACUUGGACUUGAAUGACCCUUAGAGUUCCUUGCUGUUCCAAAUUUGUUAUAUGGAGUAAGCCCCUCCUUUAAGCCAUUUUUCUUUGGGGAUACCUCCCUCAUCUUUCUGCAUCCUCCCUUUCUUAGAGGCACCCCAUGUCUUUUCUACAGGAUGUAACAUUGGCAUAUUUUUGUGAUUUCAUUUUCCCAGAUCAGUCACUAGCACCCUUGUAGCAAAUUCCAAAGCUGGAAUUUUGGUAUCCCCUUUUAUUCAUUUCAAGCAUCUAUAAGGCACCUACUGUUGUAUUUUAGAAAGCAUACAUAAUCACAUUUACCAUACUGUUGUGGGUUAAGAAGUAGGUAGUUCUAGCCAGGAUGAAUAUUUUGUAUUUUUUUCCAAGAUAGAAUUCAGAUGUCCCCAUCUAAGUCUCCGCAGCUACUGUACGAACAGGUUAAAGGCAAAGCACCAAGAAGCUGUGAUGGCGGCCAUCUUGGAAGAGGGCGACUACCGGCAAACACACGGAAAGCACCAUCUGUGUCGGGGGGAGUGAAGUCAGCGUGACGCCAUGUGCAUUAAGGGCUAUCGGCUUCCGGUGACUCAAGUCCCUGCGAGCAGUUCUCACGGCCUCAGUCCUGCAGCAGUGCCCAUUCUAGACCCUCCUUUUCCUCUGCCCGUGAGGAGGCUCUUGGAUCUCGAACCUGGGCCUCGAUCUUGACUCCUGGAGGCGGAGCGGGAGGUCGCGCAUGCGCACUUGCUCAUGCGCUCCUGGAGCAGGGUUGGGGGGGAGCUGGCGCCCGCACUCGGUGAGAGCCCCAGACUUACGAAGGGGAGAGGUCGCCCCGGCUUGUGACGAUGAGCGGGCCCGGGCCGGGGGGCGAGGGACCCCGUGAGCUUCGCUGAUGUGGCCGUGUACUUUUCCCCGGACGAGUGGGGACGGCUGCGCCCCGCGCAGAGGGCCCUCUAC